AAAAAAACAAAAGAAAUAAAGACAGCCUAAAAAGUUCAGUAUUUUUCUGUUAUUCUUCUCCGUAAUCUUGCGCGGUUGACGAAGGAAGGGAAGGAAGAAACCGUCGACGGAGAUCAGUGGCGGAACUGAGCUGAGUUGUCAUCGGAAAAGAUAUUUCCGGCAAUGGGAAGCUUACGUGGCAUUUCGGUUGCCAUUUUUGUAGUUCAAGCUUUGUUAGCUUCAGUAACUUUGGUAUCUGCUCAGGGAUCUACCAACGGUUCUCGUUGGCAGACUCUAAGUGGGAAGGCACCCUCCGUCAUAGCUCACGGUGGAUUUUCAGGAAUAUUUGCUGACUCCAGUUUUGGAGCUUAUAGUUUGGCUUUAUUAACUAGUCUACCUGAUGUCAUCUUGUGGUGUGAUGUUCAAUUAACAAGAGAUGGAGCUGGGAUUUGCUUUCCUGAUCUUAAGCUAGAUAAUAAUUCUGACGUGGCAGUUGUAUACAAGGAUAGGCAGAAGACUUACCUUGUCAAUGGGGUCUCUACAAAGGGAUGGUUUUCUAUUGAUUUCACUCUUAGAGAACUUGGAAAUGUCAUACUAAACCAAGGUGUCUAUUCUCGAACUAAUAAGUUUGAUGGCAAUAGUUACCCAAUUAUGACUGUUCAGGAGACCUAUGCACAGUUGAAUCCACCUCGGUUUUGGUUGAAUAUUCAGCAUGAUGCAUUCUAUACACAACACAACUUGAGUAUGAGAAGCUUUGUACUUUCUGUAACUAGAAAUAGGAAUGUAACUAUUGACUAUAUCUCAUCACCAGAAGUGGCUUUCUUGCAAAACAUUGCCCCAAGUUUCCAAAGAAGUGCAACAAAUCUUGUCUUCCGGUUUCUAGGACAGAAUGAUGUGGAGCCUUCAACCAAUCAGACUUACGGUUCUCUCUUAAAAAAUAUCACAUUUAUCAAGACAUUUGCCUCCGGAAUUAUUGUGCCCAAGUCUUACAUAUGGCCUGUAGAUAAGGAUCUUUACUUGCUACCUUCUACUUCUCUUGUCUUGGAUGCUCACAAAGAAGGGCUAGAAGUUUUUGCCUCAGAUUUCUAUAAUGAUGUUCCAUUUAGCUUCAACUACUCCUAUGAUCCAGUGGCCGAGUAUCUUCAGUUUAUUGACAAUGGUGAAUUCUCUGUUGAUGGGAUGAUAUCCGACUUCCCAAUAACUCCAUCAGCUGCUAUAGAUUGCUUUGCUCACCUUGGCAGAAAUGCCUCCAAACAAGUGGACCUUCUGGUCAUCUCAAGUAAUGGAGCAAGUGGAGACUAUCCUGGUUGUACAGAUAUGGCAUAUUCAAAAGCAAUUCAAGAUGGUGUAGAUGUUAUUGACUGUCCUGUUCAAAUGACAAUGGAUGGAACACCUAUUUGCUUGAGCUCUAUCAAUCUCAUAGAUAGCACAACAGUUGCUCAAUCACAAUUCAGCAAUCUUACAACAACAAUUCCACAGAUUAUGCCGGGCAGUGGAAUAUUUUCCUUUAAUCUGUCAUGGAGUGAAAUUAAAACCUUGACACCUAUAAUAUCAAGCCCACAGUCACAGUACAAAUUGUUUCGAAACCCGAGGUUCAAAAAUGCUGGGACGUUCUUAACAUUAUCCGAGUUUUUAACCAUAGCAAGCAAUGCUAGCUCUCUUCAAGGUGUCUUAAUCAGCAUUGAGAAUGCUCCUUUCCUUUUAGAGCAAGGAUUUGCCGUAACCAAUGCAGUGCUCGAUGCUUUGAGCAAAGCUGGCUACGGUAACAAGACAGAUCAGAAAGUCAUGAUUCAGUCAAGUAGUAGCUCGGUUCUAAUGAAGUUCAAGAGUCAAACCAACUAUGAUCUCGUUUACAAGGUUGACGAAGAUAUUGGUGGUGCUCAAAGUUCAACGAUUGAUGACAUUAAGAGUUUUGCUAGCGCUGUCGUCAUUAGCAAGGAUUCUGUAUUUCCUGAAAAUUCUGCAUUCAUCACUAGUGCUACGAAUGUUGUACCGAGGCUAAAAGCUGCUAAUCUCUCUGUAUAUGUUCAAACCUUCAGUAAUGAGUUUACAUCUCAAGCAUGGGACUUCUUCUCCGACCCAACUGUUGAAAUAAACUCAUUCUAUUUAGGAGGUGGUAUUAAUGGUGUUAUUACAGAUUUCCCGAAGACAUCUAAUAGAUAUCGGAGGAACCGAUGCUUGAACAGACGCAAUCAAAUUCCUGGCUACAUGAGUCCUGUGCAACCUGGAAGCCUUUAUGGACUAAUCACAGCUCCUUACUUGCCACCAGCUGAAGCUCCAAAUCCGUUCCUGACUGAAGCAGAUGUCAACGAGCCCCCUUUGCCUCCUGUUGCUGCAAAAGCCCCAAGUACUUCUCCAAAUGGUACUGCACUUGCCCCAACAUCACCAAAUGGACAACCUAAAGUUGCUGCAGCCGCCAUCAUGCAGCUAUUGACUGUUUUUCUUGCCAUUUCUCUACUGUUUUGAAGCCGUCGAAAACCUGGCCUUGCCCUAACACGUUUUACCCCCUUGUUGUCGUAUGUUAUUGCUUCCGUACCGAGUAGCUCGAAGGUCUUAUUGCAGGAGUGGUGUGGCAAAUACCACUUGUUCUUUUUGGUUCUCUCCCCUUCCAAAGUCCAAAACAGAAGUUAAUUCUUUCACCUUUUAGUUUUGAAGGUUUGUUCAUUCUUCUCUCUUGUAAUUUUCCAAAACACAAAAUUCUUCAAAGAGGUACAUGUCCUUAAUGGAUCCUUUAUUUGAUUUGUGUAUAAAGAUAUGGUGUGAUUAUUCUUUUGUGUUA